AGCCAAUGGCCCCAUUACCCAGUAGCCUAGCAGUUAGCAGUAGCUGACUCGGAGUUAGCUAAAAGUUAUCGCGAACAAUGGCAGCAACUCCAGCUCUCCUCUGCAGCAACUACUACUGCUCUUUGGUCACAGCAGCUACCAAAACACAGUUCAAUUCAAAAGGACCACCUUCAAUCUCUCCCCAUCAUAAAUUGCAACAUAUCAGAGCUUUUAAUUCCAAAACCCAAUGCUCUCCAGCAACACCACUUUUCCUGUCCCAAAAUUCCAAUUUCCUAUGUCACGCGACCCGCCGCAAACCACCCACCGUGCCAAACACCAAGACCAUCUCCUCUGCCGAAGAGGGCGAUGAUAAUGCACGGAAAGUGGUUCAGAUUAUUCUCUGGGUUGUUGAAGGAGUUUACAUUUUGUGGCUCUUUCUACUCCCUUAUGCCCCUGGAGAUCCAGUGUGGGCUAUCAGUACAGAGACUGUUAAUUCUCUCAUUGGACUUUCUCUCAAUUUCUUCUUCAUCUUGCCUUUCAUCAAUUCUGUCGGCAUACGUCUUAUUGAUGCCCCAGUUCUUCACCCGAUGUCUGAAGGAUUAUUCAACUUUGUUAUUGGGUGGACUUUCAUGUUUGCUCCUUUGCUGUUCACUGAUUGCAAGAGGGAUAGAUACAGAUGGUCACUGGAUGUUUUAUGGGGCUUCCAGAUGUUCCUCACCAACACAUUCUUGAUACCUUACAUGGCAAUCCGGCUGAAUGAGGCUGAUUCCGACUAUACACCAAGCAAGCGCUCUCAACUAGGCACUAUCAUGACAACUGGCGCACCAGUAGUCGGACUGAUUGGUGGAGCUGCAUGCCUGAUAUCAGUAUUAUGGGCUCUUUUUGGUCGAAUUGAUGGUAAUUUUGGGAGCAUAACAGACAGAUGUGAGUUCUUGGUUAGUUAUUUAGAAUCAGAGAGGCUUGCUUAUGCUUUCAUUUGGGAUAUAUGUCUCUACAUAAUUUUCCAGCCCUGGCUGAUAGGUGAAAAUUUGCAAAAUGUUCAGAAAAGCAAAGUUGGCGUGGUCAAUUAUUUUAGAUUUGUUCCUGUGGUUGGCUUGGUGGCCUAUCUUCUCUGUUUAAAUCUUGACGAGUAGCUAUAGCUACAUGUAGUUUUCUACUAGAUUUGAGUUGGGGUCAGCUUUGGAGUUUUCAAACCAGUUUAAAUAUGUACAUGAAAGGAAUCUUCGUAUCUGUGUUUGUAGUAUUAUAAAGAAAAUGUACAAGUGAAUCCUUGUGGUUGAUGACAGUGAAGCUCAAUAAUGAGUUGGAGAUGCGUUGCUUAUA